CUCAUCUCUGCUCUCACUCAAAUUCACACACUGUUCAAAGGUUAAAAAUGGCGGCAAAUUAUAGUGAGAUGAUUCAUGUGCUGCAGAAGAACACUCUCUGCUAGCUAUCUUUAUCCUAAUUACCUAUUUUGUUCCGCGUGCGGUGAUGAUAAUUGUGUUUAUGUAUCGUCCAAGUUAGGUUUUGAUCUGUAGUACAACUUAGAAUUUCUGUCUUUGUUUUUUUUCUGAAAAUGGCGGCCGCGGAGAGUUCAUUGGCGUCGCCAAUGUGUAAUUUGGCGAUUCUGGACUCUCUGAAUAAGAAUUCAGUCGGAGAAAUGACGGAUAGCUGGAAUGCAUUUUGUUUGGCAACAGAAAAUCUGCUAGGAGGGGGCGGCGAGUUGUCGCUUGAUCCCAAUUUCGUAUCGGACGUGCGUAAUCUCUGCAGUCGCGGACUGGAGUCGCUAAUUGUUGAGCACUUCCUUUGCUCUGUUGAGGAAACAUUUGAGAAAAAUGGGGCAUCAAGGUUUUGGAAGCAUUUUGGUGUCUACAGAGAUUCUGCAAUUCUUGAUAUGGAAGAUCCAGAUCAACAAAGUGCGAUGCAGGAUAUCCUACAUAAAGCCUUGGAAGAGAUAAUAUCUGAAAAACAAUACCAGGAGAAGUGCCUGUUAAUGUUGGUUCAUGCUUUAGAGAUGUGCAGAGGAAGUAAGUCGGAGGAACAAACAUAUUUAAAAACAGAGCGAAACUACCUGUUCUCAAAAUAUCAGUUAACAACAGCUUCUGUCCUCAUGGCCAGUAUUCCACGACAAUUUCCAGAUGUACUUCGCUGGUACUUUAAGGGGCGGUUGGAGGAGUUAAGUGCAAUGAUGGCUAGAGGCUCUGAGAAUGAUAGUGAGUUACAUGAAGAUGAUGGAAUGGACCUCGACUGUAAAACAGCAGAAAUGGAUAUUGAUGGAACUCAUCACCAUAAAAGCACUUUGGGAAACAGCAAAUUAGUAAGGAACAUUGGAGUGGUUGUUCGCGAUCUUAGGGGUCUUGGGCUUACCUCAAUAGCUGAAGAUGCCUAUGCCUCUGCUAUAUUUCUGCUUUUGAAGGCUAAAGUACACGAGCUAGCCGGUGAUGAAUUUAGGUUUUCAGUAUUAGAGUCCAUUAAAGGGUGGAUACAGGCUGUGCCGCUUCAAUUUUUACAUGCUCUCCUUGCUUACCUUGGUGAAUCUAAAAGUUAUGAAAGCCCUUCUUCUGGUCUGAAAUCCCCUUUGGCAUCCCACUUGUCUUUUACCCAUCAUGGAACUGGAAUCCCUUCUGAGGGACUCGUCCGAUGGCAGUUGCGCUUAGAGUAUUUUGCUUAUGAAACAUUGCAAGAUCUCAGAAUAGCCAAACUUUUCGAAAUUAUUGUGGAUUAUCCAGACAGUUCCCCUGCUAUAGAAGAUUUGAAAUUAUGCCUCGAAUACACGGGACAGCACUCGAAGCUUGUUGAAUCAUUCAUAGCUGCUUUAAAGUACCGGUUACUGACAGCUGGUGCCUCUACCAAUGAUAUACUGCACCAAUAUGUUUCAACUAUCAAAGCCCUUCGAACAAUAGAUCCAGCUGGUGUAUUCCUUGAAGCUGUUGGUGAACCAAUAAGAGAAUACUUAAGGGGAAGGAAGGAUACCAUUAAAUGCAUUGUCACUAUGCUUACUGAUGGGGCUGGUGGGAAUCCAAGUGGACCAGGAAGCACUGGGGACAGCCUUCUGGAGGAAUUAAACAGAGAUGAAGAAAAUCAAGAGAAUUCUAGCCUUGAUGAUGACGCCAACACCGAUGACAAGCAGGCAUGGAUUAAUGCCCAAAGUUGGGAGCCUGAUCCGGUGGAAGCAGAUCCCUUAAAGGGUGGUAGGUAUCGGAGGAAGGUUGACAUUCUUGGCAUGAUUGUUAGCAUAAUCGGUUCAAAGGAUCAGCUGGUGAAUGAGUAUCGUGUUAUGCUGGCUGAGAAGCUUCUCAAUAAAUCUGACUAUGACAUUGACUCAGAGAUACGUACUCUGGAGCUCCUCAAGAUUCAUUUUGGUGAGAGCAGCAUGCAGAAGUGUGAAAUAAUGCUCAAUGAUCUAAUUGAUUCCAAGAGGACUAAUACAAACAUAAAAGCAACGCUUAAACUACAACCCCAGCCAGUUGCUGAUGUUGGAGAGCAUGAAUUAUCUCUUGAUAAUCUUAAUGCUACUAUUAUAUCAUCAAAUUUCUGGCCACCUAUCCAGGAUGAGGCACUUAUUAUACCUGGACCAGUGGACAGGCUUCUGAGUGAUUAUGCUAAAAGGUUCAAUGAAAUCAAGACCCCACGUAAGCUCCUUUGGAAGAAAAAUCUUGGUACUGUAAAGUUGGAGCUGCAAUUUGAAGAUAGAACACUGCAGUUCAGUGUCACACCUCUUCAUGCAUCUAUUAUUAGUCAAUUUGAGGAUCAAACAAGUUGGACCUCCAAGAACCUUGCUGCCGCUGUAGGUGUCCCUGUGGAUGUCUUGAAUAGAAGGAUAUAUUUUUGGAUAAACAAGGGAAUCCUAGCAGAAUCAAUACAAGAGUCUGGCGAUCACAAAUUCACAUUGGUGGAAGCUUUGGUUGAGAGUGGAAAGACUGGAGCUAACACUGGUAGCUGUGAAGAGCUUCUAGUGGGUGAUGAGGAAGGAGAGACAUCAGUAGCAUCCGUUGAGGAUCAACUGCGAAAAGAAAUGACUGUUUAUGAGAAAUUUAUCACGGGGAUGCUUACCAAUUUUGGCAGCAUGGCAUUGGACCGGAUUCACAACACUCUCAAGAUGUUCUGCAUAGGAGAUCCGCCCUAUGACAAAUCACUCCAACAAUUGCAAGGCUUUUUGACUGGUCUAGUUGCAGAAGAAAAACUCGAGCUUAGAGAUGGAAUGUAUUUCUUAAAGAAGUAAAAGGCUUAUGAGCUGAAACUCUUGAUUAGAAAUGAUGGUCAGGAUUAUGCAGCUCCCUUCUUUGGUUAAUGAGGAGGUUGAAGGAAAGCUCAAAUUUCAGCUGGCAAAUGGGCUAAAUUUCUUGUUAUUUUCAAGAAAGUGUAAUUUUAAUCAAAUUGUUGAGCAAGCUUACUUGCACCCUGCUGUAUAAGUGCAAGGGUCUCUAUAAGUUGUAUAAGAGCGUGAAAUGAUCAAUGCCUGCCUGCUAGUCAAACACCAAUAUUCAGAAUCAGGAAAAUAGCUUUGUGAUAAGAAGGUAUUGAUAAGGUUAAAUUGAUUGGUGCACACAGGUGGCAUCUGGUAAUUUCGGUUUCAAAAGUGAGAAAGUUUAGUA